AUGUCCGGCGAAAACUGGAUUCGAGUGGCCAUGUCCGACGACUCCUUGGUGGCCGACGCGCUGCUCCGUCUCCGCCACGCUGAGCCACCACCACCACCGAACAAGAGCGACAUGUCUCCUCUAAAGCUGAAAUGGAGCGUUCGUCAACGGAGAUCGAAGAAAGGUGACCAGACUCGUGCCAGUCCCACCACGCCACUUUCUUGGAGUGGCGCCACGUCACUCAGCGGCGGAGCUACCACCGUGGAAGGUCUUGAGGAGUCUAGCGCCGCCGUGAAACCAUCUGAGACCUUUAGAUCUAAGGUUUGUCCGAUCAUUUCUUGGUUUUUCCGUUUUGAAAACUCCGAUGGUCGAUCUUACUAUCGUUCUUCUUCCUUCCUCGCUGAUCACGUAGGUGCGUGUGUGGUAGGGUUUAGUGGGGACAGUUAUCAGAUGUGGCGUAGUGUACAGUAUGCAAGUAUAGACUUAGUACCACCGUGGUCAAAGUUAGUUGUUGCUGCUUGCUUACUCGCCUUUCUGUCAUUCACUUUGGUGGAGCUUAGAGAGGAUGAGAUCAUUCUCUUGAAGGAAAGAAAAGACCUGAAAAAUGAUUUGGCAAGUAUGCGCGAUUUGGUUGAGCAACAAAGAGCAAGAAACAAUGCUUUAAAGAAGAUGAAGGCUGAAUCACAAUCUGCCUUAUCGUGCAAACUCGCUUUCGAACAAGGUUCCUCAUUCUUGCUCCCUGACCUCAACAUGCCUCUAGAUACCGACCCGAGCACUGAAGUUCUCUGCUGA